AUGUUAACGUCACACGAGCAAGAAUUGAGAGAGAUGAGAGACUGGGUAAUUACCGGUGAUGAAAUUGAAAUCAGAAGAGACCAGCGACUCGGGGAAGGUGCGUGGGGAAUCGUCUACCGUGGAAAAUUUCAAGGAUGUGAUGUAGCUGUAAAAGAAAUACACCCAAUCAUUAUGUCUGAUCGAAACAGGCAAUUGUUUGAAAGAGAAGUGGACAUUGCCUCAAGGUGCCGCCAUCCCUGCCUAUUGCAAUUUAUUGGUGCAACAACUGGUGAGAGACCCCUGUUAGUUACGGAGAUAAUGGAAUGCAGUCUAAGGGCAAGACUAUACGAUCAAACUGACCCACUACUAUCGGACCCUGAAAUAACUACGAUUGCUCUGGAUGUGGCUAAAGCACUAAACUAUCUGCAUCAGAAACGAGAUCCCAUCAUUCACCAUGACAUCAGUAGUGGGAAUGUUUUGUUGAGGCGACAAGGUGACCGGUGGAGAGCCAAAGUGUCAGAUUAUGGCACUGCUAAUUUUGUACGUCAGAGUAGUAUAAAUUAUGCAGGCAAUGCUGUCUAUUGUGCACCUGAGUCCGUACAUGAAGAUCCCAGUAAACCGAUCAGCUGCAAGGUUGGUAUUAUGGAAAGAUGGAAAGGUGCAGUAUUUUUUAUGUACCGUACUGGCGCUUAUAAGCCCCCCCCCCCUCCACGCGCACCGCACACACAUAAGUCCCCCAAAAUUAAAGGCCCAUCUAUCUGUAUAUAAAAAAUUGAAUCCCAUUAGAAGCCCGUGGAUAAAAGCCUCCACCUAGCUUUUUUUGUAACGAAUUUGAUUUACCGGUAUUAUGGCUUUUUGAUGCCUGAUCAAAAUACAGAAAAUUCGAAAGGUACCUCUCCAAGGCAUGUUUUUUGCUAAGGAAACUGGGAUAAGCUCCGGCUGCUUGAGCCUUUGGCUCGUGUACGCCUUUACAUUUUUUACUUUAAUUUACCAAUCAGGUCAAUAACCAGAGUUGAAUACCAUCAACUGACGUGAUGCAACUCAUAUGAAGAUGACUGCCGCACAGGUUGUCGAAACAUCAGUCACUGCCAACAUAACUUGGGACUUAAACUCCGCAGCGGGGGAAAAAAGGCGCGGAAAAAACCGCUUAGCGGUCCAAUCGGCUCGCUUCGCUCUCGGACUUUUUUUGGCUGUUUCCUUGCUACGGAGGCUGGUCCCAGGCCAAUGUCAACAACAGUCAAGGACUACCCUCACCCGGACGAUCAUAAUGAAAUGACCCCUGGGUUCAAAAUUUUCUCCGUGCCGAGUUUAUCACGAGUUUACUCCGAGGCUCCUUUGAUCUUCACUAGGUUGACGUUUACAGUUUUGGUGUUCUCCUUUGUGAAACAUGCACCAGACAAGAACCAAACCCCCAGCAGCGAAGAAGGCAGAUAGACAUGAUCAGAAACGAUAUGUUUAAAAACCUCGUGAGAAACUGUGUUAAGGAAUACCCUGGUAUGAGGCUGGAUAUGGGUUCAGUCAUUCAAGAGCUGGAGAACCCCUGA